CCCGACCGUUGUUGCUACCUUGACGUGGUGGUCGGGCUUGCCUAUCGUGAUGAAGCAACCGAGCUAUACUGGCUGGAACAACCGUUCCUCAAGGUCCUACCAUGUCAGACAGGUCGGUUGAAGAGCGGUAAGACUAAAAGCAACAAACCUAAGGUCCGAAGGCGAAGUCGUACUGCUGACUGUACAGAGGUGUGACAGCAGUAAGGUGUUUCCUUCAGACAACCAGCAUGACAGCGAUGCUGCCUUCCCUUAAGGAGGGGUGGGGUUAGAAAAGGUCGACCCUAAAAAUGCACACCUCACCUUACCUCACGGAUUUCCGUCUCCGGCGGUAAGGCUCUUUGAAGAACGGAGCUAACACGUCAAAAACCUUCCACGAAAAGGCCGUGCGCGACCGGCCUCAAGCAGUUGUCCCUUGGGCACUGCGGUCACGCUCUCAGGUCGCUGAGACCGCCCCUAAUCCAAUUUCCUUUUCAGGUACCUCCAGAAGAACCGUUCCACGGUGUGGGCAACCGGGAAUUGAUAACCGCCCUCAUACCUCUAACAGCACCCAAGACCACUGUAUUCUUGUAAUCCUACUCUCCAACAACAGAAGGGGUUAGAAUGGGUUCCUUUGGGACUGUGUUCCAUUCUCUCAUUUCUGGAAAUUGGCUUACAGAUAUUCUUCAGUAGCCUUCCAUUCAAAUCCAGCGUAGCUGAAAAAUCGACACAAACCCACUAGCUCUUAGCAUAGUUGAAAAGACCAUAUCUAACGUGAAGUGUUACAGAUCAGCUGGAUAGUUUCAUAGGUCUCUAAUGAUAGUGACUGAGUUUUAUACGUUACACUUACUGAGGUAUUAACAUGUAUCCGAAAGUUAAAUAUAAUUUCAUGUUACUGGUCUCGACCUCUUCUCGUUUAACUGUAUGAGAAAACUAUUUCCACGUGGAACAGCAAUAGAGGAAUCGAAUUAACUAGUACAGUGUCUAAAAUACUGUCCACUCUAAUCAUUUGACGCCUAAAUGUAGCUCGAAAACAAAAAUCAGGAAGACGAAUCGGGUUUCAAACCUGAACGUGAACUUAUUGAUCAAAUAUUUACUCUUUGAUAAGUUAUGGAAGACAAAUAUACGGACUGUAGUGGUGCUUCUCCACCUUAUAGAUCGGGAAGUUUUGUAGUAUUUGUCAUGAGAAGAUAUAUGGAAAUAGUGCAUAAACUUUGUAAUGGCUCUCUACUUGAAUCCAUUUGAAAAACUGUCGUCAGAGUAGGUGACAUCAAGGAUUUCUCACUCUCUAUUUUUAUUUAGCUUCAACAAAAACAUUCUUUUAGGAUUAACAUCUUCAUUUUAUUUGAAGAUUGAUCUCUAUACCACGAAAACUCAUUUGAUAACCUGAACCAAGAGCAGAUUGUUCUGAUCACUUUGCACAACAGCGAAAGCAUGUUCGGUAUAUGUUUUCCAUCCUCCAAGUGUAAACGUUACUGCAGGAGAGAUUUUCAUUUGAUUAUUCAAAGACCCUGUAUUACCACACAGUAUUCCACUUUGUAGUACAUACUCUAUGGCUAUAAAACAUGAUCUAGACAAAUGUAAGGCAUGUUUAAGCUGUGGGAUUUUGAACAUUAGUAUUAAUCAUUUCUAAAUCUUAUUUCCUUAAUGUUCAAUCUUGACUGAUAUUUUCACUAUGUUAACUAUUUCCGCAAUUUAUUAUUAAUAUUAAUAUGGUUGAAGAAGUUGGACAUUUUAAUUUCGCUUUCGUAACUAAAAUAUUUGUGAUAAAAACAGCAUUAGUCUUUAAUUCGUUUUCACGAACACAGUUAUUUAUCAUCAAGCAUCUCAUGGCAUAUGUUGCUGAAGUUAAAGUAUGUACAAAUAUCAGUCUUCAUAAACAAUGAAUUUUAUCAAAUAAAUUGUAAUGUUAUAUAAUCAAGUAUUUAUUUGAUCAUUUGAAUAUUUCAUUCUUACUUGAUUUGGAUGAUUAGGAAGUCCAAAGUUGACAAUGAUCAACCGCUCAGUACUACUACUAAUCAAGGGACAAGUAGUAGUGGUGAUCAAAUAAAUCGUGUCAGUGAUGAUACAUCGAGUGAAAUAAGCACAGAUCAAUCGAGAGUCAAUAGCUUAGACCCAGCUCCGGAAGAUAGUAAUGAUGAAGAGACAUUGAUAGAUAAUACAAAUCAUCACAUACAGUUUAAUAAUUAUCAACAAAUGGAUAUAAGUUGUUCGGAGAGGCUUAGCCCCAGUUCAACAAUUGAUCGUCCAUCUGAUGAAAAAGAUUCUUAUCAAGAGAAUAGAGAAGCUCGUCGACUUGCUCGUAAAAUGCAGAAAAAAGCUGAGAAAAAAGCUUUAAAGAAGGCUGCUAAACGAGAAGCAAAACGGUUAGCAAAAGAGAAACGAGCUGAAAGACGUGCUCGACGAGAAGCUAAACGUGAAUUAAAACGUCUUCAUAAACUGGAAAAAUCUCGUUUAACGGAACAAGAAAAUUUAAAUUUUGAUGUUCAAGAAUCGAAUACGAGAAAUCCUGACGUUAACCUAGAGAGCUCUAGUAAUCAUGCAUGGGAUGACAAUCACUGGUCUCCUGCUUCUCAUUCUGAGCCUGUCCAAACUAAUGAAGAUUCUACCGACUCCAGUUCCAACAGACCCAUCCUGCCUACCUUGGACGAUAGAUGUGCCAGCCCGCUUCAAUUUAUGCAUCAACCUGAUGAUGAUAGUAUUUUUUCAACUCAUCAAAAUGAUAACUCUUCUUCUAAUGGAGAAUUUUUAACUAAAGAAAUAAAUUUCUCAAACACUACACCAUUAGAAUAUGAUAAACAUCAAUAUUCUACUGGAAUUAAACGUACAGGAAUAUUAUUUCAUUCGAAUGGAAGUGAUAAUGAAGGUUCUCAACUAUUAAAUGGUGAAUCAAUUAAAUUGGAUAAUAGUGAAAUUCCUCCAAAGAAAAAAGCUAAAACAGAAUUAAUUAAGCAUGAUGAUGAUGAUGAUGAUGAUGACGUUGACGACGAAGACACAAUAUGUCAUCCUGAAAUGAAAAUUAUGUCAUCGUCAAAAUCAAACAGUCAUCACUCUCAAACGAACAAUGAAAAAGAUGUCAAACAAUCAGCAACAGUAAUUGAAGCUACUGAUUCAUUAGUAGCUGAGGCGUUUGAUAAUUCAAAACCAACUAUUCCUGAACCUUUGCCGGAAGCUGUCACUAAACAUGGCGUCAUCACUACUAAUACUAGUAAUAAUAAUAAAAAACGAAACAAGUCUGAACAACAACGUUCUCGUUUACGUAAAAAGAGACCUAGGGCUAUAUUACUUGAUUCAGAUGAAGAUGAAAUGAAUUCUGAAAAGAAAGUAAUUAACCUACAUGAUUCCUCACCAUCAUCAUUAUCAUCUCCAUCACCUUUAUCAUUGUCGAAUGAUUCUGACAUAGAGAAUUCAAAGAGCAAAGAUCAAUUAUCUUCACAGUUAAAAGAGAAAAGUCGAAAUUCUUCACCAAAACCGUCAGCAAUAAACAAAUCCAAUCGAGUUAGAAAAUCGAGAAAUCAAAAAUCUAAUCAAAAAACUAAUAAUAAUAAUUUGAAAGUGAAAAGCAAACAAUCAGAAGUCAAAUCAACUACCGCAUCAAAUACAAGUGUACGGGAUGAAAAAAGAAUCUCCAACGAUUCAAGUGGUAUUCGUCAGGCUGCAGCAUCGAAUGAUCCUGUCACUCAGUUGAAUCAAUGCUGUCGUGACCUGAAAACCAGUCUAAUCAAAGGCCACGAGAAUUUCGCCGAAGCGGUGCAACUUUUGAAUAAAGUUCGUUCUAUCCCUGUUCGACUUCCUCAGUUAGCUGAAGCUUGGGAUCUUAUGGAUUGUAUUAAAAAGUGUCGACGGUAUAAACUGUCAAAUGAAGUUCGUGAAGCUGCUCAAACAACAUUUCAAUUUUUUCAAUCUUUACAGGCGAAUACUACCAAAGAAGAGCUCUCUCAAGCACAGGCACUUAUUGCAUCGCAUCAAAAUCGUAUUCAUUCAGUUCAAGAUUCUGUAAUGGAAAAUACUUCAAAAACUGAUUCACUGUCCAUUUCCGCUGAUGUUGAUAAUAAACAAACACUACAAAAUAAUACAAAUUCAAAUAAUAGUUCCGAAUCAACAUCGGAUAAUACCACCACCACUACUACCAAUACUACUACUACUAUUACAAUUGAACCUGAAAAUUUAACAGCUGAUUUAGAAGCAAAAGUCGAUGAUGUCCUAUCACGAAUACGUGCAACAGAAGAACGAAUGGCUGCUGCCGCUGUUUCAUCUACACGGUCUGACACACCAUAUAAAUCUAUAUCUAAUCAUGUAACCAAUUCCUCUGUAAGAUCUACAGGAGGUCGAAUAAUUAGAGCGUCGGCCGUCGCUGCCGCUACUGCUCAUAUGCAUGAUGAAGAAGAUGAAGAAUCGGUCAUGUCACGUGUCGAACAAGUAGCCGCUUACGAGGCAGGCGCAAUAAAUUAUCCGAAUCCAGCCAGUUUAGGAUCUCCACCCCCGCCUCCGCCGCCCCCGCCAUCAUCAUUAUCUUUUGGCUCUGUUGGUCCGUCUGCCCAACUUGAAGCAAAGGCAUCCCCUAGUGUUGACCAUCUAGAUCUUGAUUCACGUAUACAAUUGUUUAUGUCGGCAGCUAGUUCACAAAAAUCUGCUAAGUCAUCUAACUCAAAACCUGUAGUCACUGUAGGUAAAUCAGAAAUGACGCCUACAACACAAUCUCAUCACAUUCAGCCGAAUUUAACGAGUGUAACCUCAUCUACAUCGUCGGCCUCCACUUUGUCUUCUACAGUUACAUUGUCAUCGUCAUCCAGUCUAUUACCAGUUCUUUUAGCUAAGCGUAAAGUAAUAGCGGAUAAGUUAGCUGCAGUUAAAGCAUCUGGUUCUCCAAUCAAAUCAUGUCAUCCAGUCACUUCACCAUUACCAUCACCAACAUCCAUUAAUAAUGACUUCAAUAUUGUAGAAAAAGUAUCCUCAUCAGUUACUACUAAACCCGCUAGUACUACUGCUACUACUACUCAUACACCUCCAUUAUUGACCAAAAUGUUAAAUACAGCAAAAAUGCCUUCGAAAGAUGAAGAAUUGUAUGAUUUAUUAGAUAUUUGUUGAAAUCAAUUCUAACGUAAACACAUAUCAACAGUGAAACAUUACCAUGGAAACAUUUGGAAUAUGUCUUACAUGUUUUUUUAUAUUUAUGGAAAUCUUUGAUACUUUUUUUUCUCAUAUCAUUGGCAAAUCAAGUAAUCUCCUAUAGAGAUCAUAAGAAAAUGAAUUAUUGUUUGUUUUCUACAAAUAUUUAUACAAUACUACAACCAUAUUGGUCCAUAAAGACUACUUACACUACUGCUACUACUACUAUGUAGUUCAGAUUAUUCGUAUGGUCAAAUUAUACUCAACAAUUGAAAAGGUUCAUCAAAAGGAUUAAGAAUCAAUCAUGAUAGCAUAGAUAUUGUUUAUCAUAGUUUUAUGUUGUUUACAAUCUUGAAUUCUAGCAUUUAAUUAUGUAUACAUUACCAUUCAGUGGUUUUCAUAUCUUAUUCUCAAUGUUUAAAUGUUUGUAUUUUAUCAUUUUUUUAUUACAAUUUGUUUUAAUCUUUUAUAUCAUUUCCUGUUUAUUAUGCUGAUGUAAUCUGAUAACUUGAUGUAAUAUGUAUAGUUUCAACAAUCUCUCUCAGCUUGGUGAUGACAACUACUUUUCUGGUUAGCAUUUUUUCCAUCAAGUUAGUUUUCUAUAGGAUACGGUCGUUAACCCCAUACCCAACCCUCCUCUUUUUAGUGGGGCUUGGGACCGGUAGUAACGGUAGAAAAGCUACAAGCGGGGUUAUGAUUAUAACUAAUUAAAAGAGAAUGAUUGUACCAUUUCACCCCCUCUCUCUCUAGAUGUAUAUUCAUUUCAAAGAGAAAUUAUUGAAUAAUAAUGUAAUGAUUUUCUUUCUUUUUCACCUUAAAGUCUUUCAAAACUAUGAUCAUUAUUUGUAUAGAUAUCAAUAUGUUGAUAACAUCAUUAAUUGAUGGAAACAGUAAUUUGUUUGUUUGUUUUCUAUUUUUUUGUUUAUCUCUUUUUUAUUCGAAAGAAAUGAUAAUUCAUAAUUGUAGAAUUUAUUUAGUUAA